AUGUCUGAGCUUGGGUCUGAAUUCACACCAAACUUUGCUCCGUUCCUAGGGUUCGCAGGCUGUGCUGCCGCCAUGGUCUUAUCUUGCGCCGGUGCCGCCAUCGGUACCGCCAAGUCGGGCGUGGGUAUUGCGGGUAUCGGUACUUUCAAGCCAGAAUUGAUUAUGAAAUCCUUGAUUCCCGUUGUCAUGAGUGGUAUUUUGUCGGUUUACGGGUUGGUGGUUGCCGUUUUGAUUGCCGGCGGCUUGUCCCCCACCGAAAACUACAGUUUGUUUAACGGGUUCAUGCAUUUAAGCUGUGGGUUGAGUGUUGGGUUUGCGUGCUUGGCCAGUGGCUACUCUAUCGGGAUUGUCGGUGACGAGGGUGUCAGAAACUUGAUGCAUGAGCCGAAGUUGUUCGUGGGUAUCGUUUUGAUUUUAAUUUUCGCCGAAGUCUUGGGGUUAUACGGGAUGAUUAUCGCCUUGAUUUUGAACACCAAAGCCAGUGGUUAA